ACUGAAACUUCAAUGCUUCUCUCUUUUCUCGAGGAUAGAGCAGGGCCUGACCCUCGUGGCGUGCAAAAUCUGCGGGCGAAGUUUCGAGGCCGACAGCUUGGCCAGACAUGAACCGAUCUGCAGCAAAGUCAACAACAAGAGGAAACAGGUGUUCAACUCGUACAAGCAAAGAGCUCAGGGGAUGGAGCUCGGCUCAGUAAAAGGAUCAUUAGUUGGGAAGAACUUCGCACCCCCGGUCUCGCGCUGGAGAGAGCAACAUGAGGACUUCAUCAACACCGUCAGAAACGCCCGGCUGAGCACCGACGCCAUGAAGAAGGGGCUCCCCCUUCCUCCACCACCGCCCCCCAGCAUUAACCCAGACUACAUCGAAUGUCCCUAUUGCAACAGGCGCUUCAAUGAGACCGCUGCUGAGCGUCAUAUUAACUUCUGCAAGAGCAACGUCAACCGUAAGGUGGUGGCCAGGCAGACGAUUCAGUCCCCAUCUACUUCCCAGGCCAAAACCCCGUCUCCCACCCUGCAGGUGCGGAUGGCUUCGAAGCCGACGGCGGGCACCAGCAGGGCUGUGCCUGCAUCAUCAUCCUCGCAGCAGACCGCCCGGGGCCCCCCUGCUCGCACCAGACCAUCUGCAUACUCACCAUCAACAGCGACGGCAUCGCAAAAGGCAGCUGGGUCUCCGUCAAAGGGUAGGCUGACCGCUGCAGCCCAAGCCGUCAUGGGCAUCAGAGAAGAUGAUGCGUCCACCAGCCGACGGCACGACGCGCUGAGAACGGACGGCAAGGGUCAACCUUCAGCGCAGUACUCCCGAUACGGCCAGAUGUAGAAGAGAGGCUGUGAAGUCCGGAGCCUCAUGAAGCAGUUUUGCCCAUCCAGCGGAGGAAUUCAGUGGGGCAUCACCAGCUGGUUAUACCAACAUCUACUCAACUCCCCACACUAGCACCCUCCCCAAACUGCAGUAAAUGUCAACUCAUUUCCCUGUGUUUUAUUUGAAAAGGGGGAGUAAGUGGGGGUUGGGAGCUCUCAGUGAGAAGGGUAUAUGCCAGGCUCAUUUUCAGCAAGGCCACUUGUCUGUGUGAGAGCACGGGUACACACACUGUGUCAGUGGCUCUGAGUUCAGGGGGACCCGUUGUGGAAGAAUUAUUGGCUGCAGUGUGGAUGCCACCGACACCAGUACCUCUCUCCAUGCCUUGCCUGGGAACAAACUGCUUGCUUCAGUGUCCUUCACUGCACCGACCACAUUUCCAGAGAUCGCUGUGGUCACCCCAGUCCCCAUCACUGCUCUGAAACAUCAUUGUGAAUGUGUUAUCACCAAAAUAAUGUGUGUAUGCUCUCACACACUCAUUCUGCCCGUCACACUGUCUCUUGAAUUUGUUCUGUCUUUUGCAUGGUCCCUUUCUCGCAAUUGGUGUAACUGUCUCUCUCUCUCGCCUCGAGACCUCUCUUUCACUCACUCAACUCUUUCGCACUUUCUCAGUUUUUCUCUCCAUCACAUUUUUCUGUCUCAUUCUCAUUGUUUCAGUCCCUCUACCUCUCAAAGUCAGUCGCAUUCAGUCAGAUGCAGAUCUGCACGCAGCUUAUAAAAGAUGUAAUGCUAAUCUGUGCACAUGCAUGCAGAUGUGAGUACAAACACAUGGAUACAGAAGCAGAUGAAUAAUGUGCACAUGUUCAUCACGCCUCAGACACUUAAGACCAUAAGGCUAAGACAUAGGAGCAGAAUUAGGCCAUUUGGCCCAUGAAGUCUGCUCCACCAUUCAAUUAUAGCGAAUCCUUUUUUACUAAUUUAAUUGCUUCAGCACAAUAUUGAGCGCUGAAGGGGCCCAUUCCUGUACUGUACUUUGUUCAAUGUUCUCUUCCCAAAAAUAGACUUUCCUUUCGAUUAUAAAACGUAGAACAGUAAAGCAGAGGAACAGGCCCACAAUGUUCUGUCAAACCAAUUAAAUUACUAAUCACGUAAAUGCCUUCU